CGAAGAAGAAAAAGGGGGCGGAAACUUCCUGAUUUCAAAAGAACAACACCGCGAUGCUCCCUGACUGUUUGAAACGGCGACGGUGUUUCCAGUAGGAUGGGAUCUCCAAAGAAACAUGCAACACCGCACAGGAGUAACAUUCGUACCCCGGGUCAAGAGCCCGACUCCCCACUCCCCCCAAUCCACGAACGUCUCGCGCACCUGCGUCCAUCCAGAGAGCUUUUGGAGUUCUACAGACAGAAGAUUGCCCAGUUUGAUAGCGAACACUUGGAGCUACAGCAGAUGCUGGAAAAGUAUAAAAGCCUCACUGAAGACCAGCAUAAGCUACAUUGGGAAAUACGGCAGCGCGAAGGAGAGAUUGCAGAGCUUCAGAGUGCUCUGAGUGACAUGCAGGUCUACCUUUUCCAAGAAAGAGAGCAGUCUCUGCGGCUUUAUGCAGAAAAUGACAGACUAAAGAUCAGAGAGCUGGAGGACAGGAAGAAAAUCCAGCACCUUCUUGCCCUCGUGGGUCCUGAUACAGGGGAGAUUACAUAUUUCCACCGGGAACCUCCACACAAGGUCACUAUCUCACAGAGGUUCCCAGAGUCCAGAUUGGAGGAAAAUCUCAGUCUCAGGCCAACAAAGUUGAGACCUUCUGCAACCAGGAAAGAGACUGGCAAGAGAGCAAAAUCAACAGAUGGGGUAAAUGGAGAAAGCUUGGAACAAUACAAGAAUGAGAACCAGACAUUGUUGCUACAAGUGGAGGCGCUGCAGGCUCAAAUGGAAGAACAGACUCGCUUGGCCAAAGAGCAGGUGGAGGCUCUGCUGGAGGAUCGCAGGAUUAAAACGGAGGAGGCCCAGGCACAGCGGCAGAGAGACCAAGACCGCAUCGCUGCUCUGACAGACAAACUCCAGCGAACUCAGAACCUGUUGCAUGAGAGCACCAGAGAUUUCUUACAGCUAAAGUUUGACACACGAGCUCAUGAGAAGAGCUGGAUGGUGGAGAAGGAUCGCCUGCUGAGGGAACUGGACUCCUGCCACAGUCGUCUCAGAAAGGCCAGGGGUGUCGGCGCUGAGUUGGGGCAAACGUGGCAGCCCGGCAGCAGCACAACAGCCCUCCCUCAGCCACAGCCAGAGACCGAUCAGCCACAGAAGGAGGAGCUAAAGAUAAUGCAGGAGGAGCUGAAACAAGCCCACCGUCUGGCAGACAUGUACAGGGAGCAGUGCAUUACCUUUGAGACAGAACUGUCCCAAAUCAGAGAGGAAGGGGAUGUGGGCAGGGAAAUAUUCAAGGAGCGUUCAGAGAAAAUGGCCAAGCGCCUCCAGCUGAUGACUCAGCGUUAUGAGGCAUUAGAGAAGAGGAGGGUGAUGGAAGUGGAGGGCUUCAAGACAGACCUUAAACUCCUCAGACAGAAGCUCAAAGAUGUAGAAAAACAGCUUCUGAAGGUUACCUUGAAUGUUGGGCCCAAUCAGGACUUGGCCAUUCUGCAUGAGGUACGUCAGACCAAUGCCAGGACCAAAAAGGUUCAGGGUGAGCUGAUGGCUCUGAAGGCGAAAAUCUAUGGACUAGAAAAUGAGCUAAGAUUCAGCUGAGGAUAAUACUCAGAUACCUUCUGUGAUGUGUAGCUGUGUUUGUCUCAGUUAUGGAUGAUUGUUCUACUGUGUUUAUUUUAGAAAACUGGACUAAAUGUUAUUUAUAUUUUGUGCU